UAAACAGUGACCAAGAAAAUUUCCACGUUACAGUUAUUUAUACUUUUUUUGACACUAUGGAACUCUAAAUAUGACUUGUUUAACUGCACGCCAUCACAUACUUAACCCGUGUAGUCUUUAUUUCGCGUUAGAGACAGGAUUUGGUUACAGGACUUGAUAGAUGUUAUCUAGGUAACGCUAGCUAGCUGCUAAGGGUUAACUAGCAAUGGCUAACGGAAUGGUUUUUCACACUCAGAUAGCCUCCAUCAUGGAGGUACUAGCGAAUGCAGCCGUGUCAGAGAUCUGUAAACUCGUAGACGACGACUAUGCAGUGUUUCGUUUGGAAAUAACUCAAAGCCAGAAAGAAAACAGGACAUUACGGAGGAAACUACAGCUAAUGGAACUGAAGGUGUCACGGGAGCGCGCAGAGAGGACAAUGCGAGAGCGCGUCCACGCCAGUCCCAGAAGUGUCAAGAUCGUCGACCGGUACAGAGGAAUGGCAAGAGGUGAAGGACAUCCCACUGGAGGCCACAGGAGCUUUGUGAAGCCAGCAGAACACAAUACAUGGAGAGAUGACCAACCAAUGACUGUUGAUGAGGAGAGUGGAACCUCAACCCAGCACGUUAUUGUGAUAGAGUCUACAGAGGCUGUAGGUCCUGGGGUCAAGCAGGAGAGGUCUGAAGGAGAGGACCCACGGCACAGCAGAGACAUCCAGACUAGAGCGGCUGGAGCAUCCCCUGAAGCAAUGGAGGACCCCGCCGCCGCGCCCCAGCCCAGGACUCAACGAAGCAUCACGGAGGGAUCGCGACCCAGUGUCCACGUCGAUGGCGCCUUCCGAUUUACAAGGCUGUGUCCUUUUCGAUCAGGUAUUGAACUCAAACGACAGGGCUAGAGCCCAGGCUCAGGGAGGAGGAGCCACAUCAGGCAAUAGUAAAGAGAAAUCGUUCCUCUGCAUGUUCUGUAACAAAGGCUUCAGCUGCUCCCAGAACGUGGCGAUCCACCAGAGGGUCCACACAGGGGAGAAACCCUUCAGCU